AUGUUUUGUUUUAGUGCGUGGACAUGUAAAUUUAUUUAUGUAGCAAGAAUUAAUCAGAGACAAAUAAUAUUCGUCUAUGCAUCUUUGAAAAUCCUUCAACUGAAGGAUUUUAAUUUUACCGGAUUAAUUCGAAUCAAUUAUAGUGAAAUAAUAGAUAUGACCGUGCAUGUACCAUAUAGUGCUUGGAGUGAACAGUGUCGAGCACUACUUGAAGUUCAUUCAAAACUAGAUGCUCUUUGCGUUUGCGAUCAUGGAAGUCGUGUACUAGGAAGUGCAUUUAAAAUCCCGGAAUUCGCGAGUAUAACUAAUUUGAGUACAAAUCAAGUUCGUGCUAUACGUUUGGUUAUGGCAAAAAUUGGCACACAAAAACUAAAUAUUGAUUUUUUAAAUGAUCGUUUUGUUGUUAUUGAUGCAAACAAUGAAAUGUUAUCAGCUAAAUCUGGUAAAAAAAGUUUAUUUGUUGAAUUAACUAAAACAUUAUGUGUAUUCGGUUUGUCAAUGGAUACAGAAACUGAAAAUAAACAUGCAACUGCGCUUGAAGCAAUGCGAGAUAUACAAAAGUAUUAUGAAGAUGCAGAAUUCUAG